AUGCCCCUCCACUCCACGCUGUCGGGCCGGAGCUCCAGCUCCAGCCGGGCCGUGAACACGCAGGCGGACGGGAAGUCGUUUGAGCAGCUGAGGCAGGAGUGUCUGCAGCAGGGCGUCCUGUUCGAGGACCCGGACUUCCCCGCCGUCGGAGCCUCGCUCUUCUACAGCCAGGCCGUGCCCGUCAACAUCGAAUGGAAGAGGCCUAAGGAGAUCUGCAGCAACCCGAAGUUCAUCGUGGGGGACGCCAACCGGACGGACAUCUGCCAGGGACAGCUGGGCGACUGCUGGCUCCUGGCGGCCAUCGCCUCCCUGACCCUGAAGAAGGACACGCUGGCCCGGGUCGUCCCCCACGACCAGGACUUCGACCGCAGAUACGCCGGCAUCUUCCACUUCCAGUUCUGGCAGCACAACCAGUGGCUGGACGUGGUGGUGGACGACCGGCUGCCUGCGGUGAGGGACGAGCUCAUCCUCGUCCACUCCGCCUCCAACAACGAGUUCUGGAGCGCCCUCCUGGAGAAGGCCUACGCCAAACUUCACGGCAGCUACGAGUCCCUGAAGGGCGGCAGCACCAUGGAGGCCAUGGAGGACUUCACCGGCGGCGUGGGGGAAAUGUACGAAACCAAGAGCGCUCCCAACAACCUGUUCCCCGUCAUGAAGAAGGCCCUGGACCGAGGCUCCAUGAUGGGCUGCUCCAUCGACAUCAGCAGCUCGGCCGAGUCUGAGGCCAAGACCACCACAGGCCUGGUGAAGGGACACGCCUACUCCAUCACCGGCGUGGAGGAGGUGAAUUACAGAGGACAGAAGGUCCAGCUGAUCCGGAUCAGGAACCCCUGGGGUCAGGUGGAGUGGAACGGCCCCUGGAGCGACAAGUCCAGGGAGUGGACCUAUGUGGACAAAGCAGAAAAGGACCGGGUCCUUCAGAACUCAGGAGAGGACGGAGAGUUCUGGAUGGAGUUUGAGGACUUCAAGAGGAACUACGACAAGGUGGAGAUCUGCAACAUGACCCCGGACUCACUGACCGACGACAAGCGCCACUGGGAGGUCAGCGAGUUCCAGGGAAACUGGAUCCGCGGCUCCACUGCUGGAGGCUGCAGGAACUUCAUCGACACGUUCUGGACGAACCCGCAGUACAAGCUGGAGCUGGAGGACGCCGACGAUGACGAUGACGUGUGCAGCGUGGUCAUCGCUCUGAUGCAGAAGAACAGACGCAAGAUGAGGAAGGAGGGUCUGGACAUGGAGACCAUCGGCUUCGCUGUGUACGAGGCUUCCACCGACGAGGACCAACAGGGGAAAGACUUCUUCCGCUACAACGCGUCCAAGGCCCGGAGCCGGAGCUACGUCAACAUGCGGGAGGUGUCGGAGCGCUUCACGCUGCCCCCGGGGAAAUACCUGCUGGUGCCCACCACCUUCCAGCCGCACCACGAGGCCGACUUCCUCAUCAGGGUCUUCUCUGAGAAGAAGGCUGCAGCGCUGGAGAUGGGGAGCAACGUGGACGCCGACCUGCCAGAUCCGCCCAUGCCCAGCGACCCAGAGGACGAGUCCGACGAGGAGAAAGGCCUGAGGAGGCUGUUCGAGCAGCUGGCCGGUGACGACGAGGCGAUCUCUGUGAACGAGCUGCAGCAGAUGCUCAACGGAGUUCUCAGCAGACGAAAAGAGAUUAAAUUCGACGGCCUGAGUCUCAGCACCUGCCACAGUAUCAUCAACCUGAUGGACGUCGACAACACCGGCAAACUGGAGUUCCAGGAGUUCAAGGUCUUCUGGGAAAAGAUGAAGAAGUGGAUUAUGCUCUUCUUGUCGUUCGACACCGACCGCUCGGGGAAGAUGUCGUCGUACGAGCUCCGCAUCGCGCUCAAAGCUGCAGGUAUGCAUCUGAACAACCAGCUCCUGCAGCUGAUCGGCUUGAGGUUUGCUGACGACAAGUUCGACAUUGACUUCGACGACUACCUCACCUGCAUCGUGCGCCUGGAGAACAUGUUCAGAGUUUUCCAGGCUGUGGACAAAUUCAAGAGGGGCCGUGUGAAGAUGAACAUGAUGCAGUUCCUGAUGUUGUCGAUGAACGUCUGAGGAGAAGCUGGGACCAAACACGAGCCACAGGAAGAACAAAACCAUUUUAAAUGGUUGUUGCUGACUUUUGCUUUUGGAAAAUAUUUGUUUUUUUCUCCUCUAAA